AUGCGAACUCGAUCGAGUCGGUCAACUGAAGACUUGGUCGAGCUAGACAUUACAACGGGUAGAAAGAGGGUUCAAAGGUCACAGAGGGUACAAGAGGAACCUGAGGUGCUUGUUGCUGAUACAAUGGAUGUACCAGAAGGGAAUGGAAACCCUUUGGGACAUGGACUCGGUCGAGCUAGGCAAACUCGACCGAUUGGUCAAGGAGAUGCUCCAAACCGCCACCAACAGAGACAAGGGAUUGUUCCACCACCAGUGCAGAACCACAACUUUGAGAUCAAGCUGGGAAUGAUCAACCUUGUCCAGAACAAGAUGUUCCAUGGCUUGCCAAGUGAAGACCCCAUUGACCACCUUGAUGAGUUUGAUAGGCUUUGUGAUUUGACAAAGAUCAAUGGUGUCUCUGAAGAUGCCAUCAAGCUGAGACUCUUUCCUAUGUCUCUAGCUGACAAAGCUCACCAAUGGGAGAAGAGCUUGCCCCAUGGCACAAUCACCACUUGGGAUGAAUGCAAGAAGGCCUUUCUUGCUAAAUUUUUCUCCACCGGUCGCACAGCCAAGCUUAGAGGAGAGAUAUCCAGCUUCAUCCAGCGAAACAAUGAGACAUUCGCAGAGGCUUGGGAGAGGUUCAAAGGGUACACAAGUCAGUGCCCACACCAUGGAUUCAACAAUGAAUCACUACUCUCCACUCUUUAUAGAGGAUGCUUGCCUAGGUAUAGGGAGAUGCUAGACACAGCUAGCAAUGGGAACUUCCUCAACCAGGAUGUAGAUGAUGGCUGGCAACUUGUGGAGAACAUAGCUAACUCAAAUGGAAGCUAUGGAGAAGAGUAUGAUCGCACCAACCGGAGCUCGACCCACCACUCGAUCGAGUCAGACGAAAAGUUGAGAAAAGAUGUUAAGGCAUUGAAUGAGAAGUUGGAUAAGCUGAUCCUAGCUCAGUCCACAAUGAAGAAAGUCAACUUUGUGUCUGCUGAGGAGAUGGAACCAGUCCAAGAAGGGGAGGAUACACAAUUUGCUGAGGUAUGCUACAUGAGCAAUGGGCAAGGAGGUUACAACAAAGGAUACUAUAACUACAAGUCCAACCCUGCUAUGUCAUACCGCAACACUGAUGUUGCUAACCCUCAGGACCAAGUCUAUCCGCAACAACAAGCAGCUCGAUCGAGUCAAGGACAACAACAAGGGUAUGGUCAAAAGAACAAUUACCAAGGACCACAAGGCACUUUCCCUGGACAACAAAUGAAUAUCCCACCAGGCUUCCCCCACCAACCUCCCCAGCCUGCACCCUGUUUCAGAGGUCCUACAAGAGUCUACUCAUCAGUUCAACCUGCUUACUUCACCCACCUUCCUACCAAAGGUCAAGGAUCAAGGGAAAUUCACUCUCCCUUGCACACUUGGGCAUCUUGA